AUCAUUAGUUUUGCCGCGUUGCAAUUUACGACAAUGUUGUUUCACAUUGCAGCCGCGGCAGUGUUAACGAAUAUCGCGUUUUUAGAAAUCUAUACGUUAUAUGAUCUACCGAAAAUCGAAGAUAUUUCGUUUCUAUCAAACAAGCAUUUAACCAGUAGUGCCAUCUUUAAAAAUACUCAAAAAUACUCAAACUUGGCGUACAUUACCGACAACAAGAAUCCUCUACAGCGAGUGUUCGUGUAUGGAACACUAAAACGAGGAGAACCCAAUCACUGUUUGAUUCAAGACACUGAAAAUGGUUAUGCAAAAUUCUUGGGACUUGGAAGGACUACUAUUCCAUAUCCGUUAAUAAUUGCAACUGAUUAUAAUAUACCAUUUUUGUUGAAGAAACCUGGUUUUGGUCACCAUGUUUUUGGUGAAGUAUAUGAUGUCGAUUCAAAAAUGUUAAAAAAAUUAGACGAAUUAGAAGAACAUCCAGCUUUUUAUAAACGAUCAGAAGAAAAUGUAUUAUUUGCUCCAGAAUCUAAAGUCAAGUCGAUGGAUAAGUUUGAGGAGGUCAGUACCUUGAUAAAGGUAUGGAUAUAUUUUCUACCAAAGUUCAAGACAUCCUUAUUAGAAAAACCCAUGUACAGUUCGUAUAGCAACGAAGGAAGCCACGGACUCAAGUAUUGCGAAAACGAGGAGAGUACAAUAAGGCCGGAAGACCUGUUCUGACCAAGUUUUGCAUAUGUUGCUGCUUCGUUAUAAAAAUUCAACAUUAUGCUGUUAAUUCUGAUAGUUAAUAAAAGAUUUUUCGUCAAAUGAAAAUACUAGAACUUAAUCCUCUGCAAUUUAAAAUGUUUUUUUUUUAUGAUAAACAAUGAGCUUUCCUAUCGAAUUUAUUUCUUUUUUAAAGACAUUUCAAAACUGCAUAGGAUUAAAUCAUCUUACGUUAAUUUCCAUCACAAUGAAUUAUUAACAAACGAAGCGAUAUUGUGCUUUUUAUAAAGCGAAUUAAUUGUUAAAAGAAUAUUUUGAAACUUUAUGUAACAAUCAAAAGUGUACCUAAUAUUGUAUAACACUUAUAUGUAUACAUUUUCGAAAAUAUAUCUUGUACAGCAUAAUGUA